AUGAUUAAGGUUGUAGUACCUUUGUACAAGAUAUUUCCUCGCCUACUCGCCUUUUCUUCAUAUCGCAAUGUGUCCCUUUUCAUUAAUUUUCUAAUCACUGUCACCUUUCUUUCUUUCUUUCUUUCUUUCUUUCUUUCUUUCUUUCUUUCUUUCUUUCUCCUCCCUUUUAGAGAUUUGUUUCUUUUCUUUCUUUUUUCUUUUGUUUAUUCCAUUUUCUUUCUUUCUUUCUUUCUUUCUUUCUUUCUUUCUUUCUUUCUUUCUGCUCAUUUGUCUUUUCUUUUUUUUCCUUUGAUUUUUCUUUUUAAUGUUUUUCUUUAUUCUUUUCUUUCUUUCUUUUUCAUUUUCUUUUCUUUUUUCUUUCUUUGUUUCUGCUCUUUCUUUCUGCUCAUUUGUCUUUCUUUCUUUCUUUCUUUCUUUCUUUCUUUCUGCUCAUUUGUCUUUCUUUCUUUCUUUCUUUCUUUCUUUCUUUCUUUCUUUCUUUCUGCUCAUUUGUCUUUCUUUCUUUCUUUCAUUCUUUCUUUCUUUCUUUCUUUCUGCUCAUUUGUCUUUCUUUCUUUCUUUCUUCUUUUUUGCUUUGCAGUAUUCCAAUUAUUUCUUUCUUUCUUUCUUUCUUUUCCUUCAUCAAAUCAACAGCCCAGGUGUAUCCUUUUGCCGGCCAAUAUCGUACAAUAA